GAAGUUUGUGUAGCUUCGGCAAACUCUAGACACCAUUGGUCUGAGUAACAACCAGAGUGGAGGAGAAGCAAAGUAGUUUGUUCAUGACUCUUCAUUUCGCUUUAGGGCUUAUCAUAUGAACGUAACGUUAUUUAAUGCUUCAUUUAAGGUGACCUUACUUAAUUUGUCAUCACUAUUUAUUUAAAGUUGUCUAAAAAAAAAAAAAAAACGAGCGGGCGGUUUUGGAUUUAUGUCCCACUCACGUUCAAAUUAAUGGCUAAUUGCUGUGUCUCUCAAUAGCGUUAUAAUAACGUUAUUCCUGGGUGGGCUGUUGGGUGUUUUACCCGCAAUUAAUAAAGAGGCUUCUAAUUCUUCGGAGAGUCUCGCAUCCUCCGUCGGGUGGUCUCGUAUGAACCGUGUCCAGGCAGCGUCGAGGGGUCGGGGGCUCAACUCGGUGUGAAGACUGGCAGCAGUCCAGGGAAAAGCAGGAGAAGUCCACUGCAGACCCUCUACAAUGGGGACCAGCAGGAGCUGUUGUCAGCUCAGAGGUCCCUCCAAGGCCGCAGGGAGCUGUUGGAGCAGGCAUGUCUGAGCCACACGAGGAAGCGGCAGGUGCUUUCGCCUGAGGAUCUCAAACACCUCAUUGUGGACGAUAAACACAGCCUUAUUUACUGCUACGUACCCAAGGUAGCCUGCACCAAUUGGAAGCGUGUCCUUAUGGUCCUCACCAGUGAGGGCCGCUACACCGACCCCCUUGCCAUCCCAGCGAACGAGGCCCACGUGGCAGGUAACCUCCGCACGCUUUCCGAGUUCUCUGUCCCCGAGAUCAACAAACGCCUUCGCAGCUACCUCAAGUUUAUCUUUGUGCGGGAGCCCUUCGAGCGCCUGGUGUCUGCCUACAGGAACAAGUUCACCCGUAGCUACAACACCGCUUUCCACAAGCGCUACGGAACCAAGAUCAUCCGCCGGCACCGGCCCGACCCGGUACCUGAAGCGCUGGAGAUAGGGAACGACGUUUCUUUCCACGAGUUUGUCCAGUACCUCGUGGACCCUCGGACCCAACGGGAGGAACCGUUUAACGAGCACUGGGAGCGGGUACACUCCCUCUGCCACCCCUGCCUGAUCCACUACGAUGUAGUGGGGAAGUACGAGACUCUGGUGCCAGACGCUCAGGCUGUGCUCAGGUUGGCUGGAGUGGAGGGAAAACUCCAAUUCCCAACGUCUGGCAAGAGCACCAGAACUGAUGGCAACAUGGCGGCACGCUUCUUCAAGCACAUCAGUCCUUUUUAUCAGAAGAAACUGUUCAACCUGUAUCGAAUGGACUUCCUGCUCUUCAACUACUCCACGCCAGAGUACCUCAGGACUCGAUGAAGGGUGGAGAGAAGAGGGUUGACAAUCAGCGCCGCGGGCGGACCUGUUGUAAUAGGUCUCACCUUUCACGCCCCGGUCAAGACUUUUUGUCAGUGAUGGAUCAUUUUGCACUUUUUGGUUGUACAAUUGUCAUCCCUGCCUGAGUUGUCUGUCACAAGCACAGACUUGUCACUAUGGCUCUCCAACAAAAACUAGAUUUUCUGGUUUCAGUGAAUGGAACUUUGCAAAUGGAUCCAGUUUCUUCCUAAGAAGAAAAGGGAGGCCGUUUGUGCCGUGAUCCAAGCAUCCGUCAUAUUUGCUUUCCAAAGUGUGAAAAGUGGGUAUUGUUUUGACGUUUAGCAGAAAAAAAUGAGGACAGGUUAUUCCCACAAUGUGUUUGAAAAUGCAGGUGACACAUGAACUGUCCUUUCUAUCUGGGCUUCAGGUUCAGUUAGAAUUAAAAAAAAGUAUUUAUUUUUCAUGCCAUUCACCUAGAAAUGGAGCAAAUCUGUCUUUGGCUUUUAGUGUUUGUUACGUGUGGUCGUCAACUGGGUGUAAUAUGCCAUACCAGCAUCCCUGCGGUGCCCACUACACUAAAGCUUCUAUCGUGGCUUAUUUUUCUAAGAACUAAUGAGCCAUAAAUGAAAGUCUCUCACUUCAGAGGAGCAGGUCCUCCUCUUGCAUGGAUAGGUGAAUGUGCUGACUGAGGCCAAACACAGCAGAUCCAUUCAAAGCACCUACAGCACAACAAUAACUGGAUGGCUUUUAUUUAUGUACGUCAGCGCAUAAAGUAUUUAUUGUUAUGGAAAUCAUGUGGUAGUAAGAAGUUGGACUCAUGAUUGGUGAAAAUGAAUUUUAUAUGGAAGAAGGGAAGGGUUUCUCUUUUGUAGAGUGAAUUUUUGUUGGAUGGAAAGUUGUCUUGGCUUUUGCACGUAAAUUCAUGCCAACUAGAAAUGCUCUGGACAAUUUAGAAAUCAUCAUAUCCUACUCUUUUUUUCUUUUCCUCUUCUCUGAUCAAACCCUAGCUCAAACAAGAUUCCCUGGGCUUGACUUAUCGAACUUGUCACAGCACUCGUUGACACUAUCUUAAAUCUGAGAAUAAUUCCCAGGCAAACUCGCAGUCACUCUUCAAUUCCAGUGAAAGCUUGUUGCCAUCCCUCCUCUAUCACUGUCUGCAUUUAGCUGUGGGCAGGUAGGCUGAACAAACAACCACAUAGCUGUGGUCAGGGCUGGGCCCAGCUCAGCACUGCCCCCGCUCAGAGCUCUCCUUGUUAGGGUGAAUGCAGGCACCUGAGGGGUUAAUCCACCUACAGUCAUCUCCACUGCAGGGCCUUGUUCAGCAAAUGGGAUGGAAUUUACGGUAAAUAAUACGGAGGGUAACGUAGGAAAAUGUUUAUUAAUGGCCUGUACUGUGAAAAUAUACAAAAAAGUCUUCAUCUUAAAAUAAUUAAAGGGGAACUCCACCGAUUUUACACAUAGUAGCCCAUUUACAGGUCUUUGGCUGUUCUACUGCGAGAAGAAAGUUGUACAAAUCCUUUUGUGGCUCCAGAAGGAACAUGUGAUCAAUUGCCUUUAAGUGAUGUCACUUGAGUCAGCCUCAGUUGGGAGACAAGACUGAAAAGGAAACAAAUCCGUGGGGUGUGGAGUUACAUUAGCCGCCACUAGCACAACACGGCGACUCUCCGAUCCAACUGACGGUGGUUGAGUUGCAUUGUGGGUAAUGUAACCGUCAGGGAAGGAAGACUGUCCAUCACAAGUCUGACAAUAUUAACGCUAUAUUGGUGGUGUUCGCCAUCAUUUCUUGAAAGUAGUUCAGUCAGGAUCACUUUUGUCAAAAGAAGACUUUAUUUCCAAACGCAGUAUGAUCUGGGACCUCCUUCCACAAUGGAAAGCUUGAGACAAGGACAGCAGCAGCAAAGACCCCCAGGGUCCCGAACAGAGCAAGCAUCAAUAGGAACAGAAAUGACUGAUUAAAUCCCCUGGAAAUCACCUACUGCUUUUGUUUCUGCCUUUUUCUAUGAUCAGUAACACAUUACAUAAUCUUUCCAGAAGAACUGCUAGGGGAACUGGGUAAUAAUGGACCUAUAAAUAAAGUUUUACCAUAAAAUCUCACCCUAACCUCACACCCUUGGCUACAGUGAUAUCGUCAGUGGGCCCACUGUUGUUUUGUGAGGAACUCCUUUUGCCCAGUCAGAUCCUCAUCAGGUCAAAGUGUUUCAAAAUGAAGACAACAGCCAUACAGCAACUCAGCUAUGCUCUUUCUAAUAAUUCCUAGCAUUUCCAAUUGUAACAAGUGACUGUUUCCAGUCUACUCAUCACUGUUUAGCUCCGACUCAGAACAUCCUGGGGCUACCCCGACUAUCUGGCCUGGAUGAAUUGAAAACAUUGAAUGCUGGGAUUAAUACGGACCUGACAUAGCUAGUUUUCCCCAACAAUAACAAGAAUUCACCUCAAAACAAAAACAGUCAUCAUUUUCAUUAAAAAAGACAUGUCCCACAGUCUGGACAUUAGUUUCAGUUUAGCUUAAAAAGCUAAAUUGUGUUAGUGCCUGUCAAGUCACGCUGGCACUGAACUGGCACUCAGUCAUUUAUUUUUCUUCCAGAUUUCUUUUGUAAAACGUUUCAUCUUGCGUAAGAAAACGGGUCGAGGCCAGCCUACUCUGGAAACAUUGCUUUGUUUUUUUUUGCCUGUAGUCAUUCUGAGAAGUGCAAUAUGUGUGUGUGAGUAUCUGUAAUGUGUUAAAAGCUGUAUCUUUAUUAGUGACUUCCUCUUUAAAAUGUGUGCCAUCAUGCUCAUGCCACAUUUAUUUUUCUGUUUGGCUAUGAUUACAGCCAUGGAUUACAGGAUCUUCAUUUUAAUGCUCCCCUGUGUAGCAGUGUGUGAUUCAAGCCAUCACUUGCAAGAAGAUGUGACUCGCCAAAACCCAGUCACACCCUUCAUGUUUUUUCUUCCUGCUGGCUCGAUGACACGCUGCACAAAAUAUAUGUUUUACCUUUUAAUUUCUUUUUUUUCUUCUCCUGAAAAAUAGAGAAUAAUAAGUAGCUUGUUCCUUUAAAGGGAUACAACAGACUGUAUAUCCAUUUUAAACAACCAGACGCUGCUGUGUAUAACACAGCUAGUCAGCCGUUUCUGUAGAAAUGUUACUUUGGUCAGACCUGUGACUUUGUGAGUCAUUGUGAAAUAGGGAACAGAGCACAAUCUACAAGAAUCUCUCACGCACUGGUUUGCUUUUGCCAGAAAAAACUGUGAAUGUGAUAACUUGAUAAGUGAAGUGCACUUGCUGAUGGUGAUGAUUGACUGGCUGGUUACUUUGACGUUUUAACAAAUACAAUCCCUUAACAGCAGCACUGAGUCUGUCUUAUAUUUAAUGUUCUUGUUACUUGUUACAAACAAAGUUAGUCAGACUGAGACAUCCUCCCAAAGGCAGCUUUUCCCCCUGUGAUGGUACGGGAAGCUGUCCACAGAGUUAGACAGGACGAAGAUGAACGUUUUCCUCAGCACAGUGCUUAUGAGCGGUUGCAGUACUGGAUGAACAAGACAUCCUUGGAAGAAAAACAGUCUUUCCCAGUAGUAUUGAGAACCCUGCAGCUGAAAAAUAAUCUGAAAAAAAAAACAACCUUCCAGUUGUGAGCGAAUUGAACAGUUACUACAUUUACGGGCGCCCGGUUAGCUCAGUGGGUAGAGCUGGUGACUCAUGUACCGAGUCCGUACCGUAGUCCUUGCUGCAGCGGCACAGGAU